AUGGCGUCCCGACCCAGCCAGACUGUCUCUGCUGAGGAGCUUCGGCAGACAGGGGAGCAGAUCUCCAAUGUGACCAGCCCCCUCCCAGGCAACGCCUCUGAUUCUGCUCCCUUGUCGUUCCCAGAGGUGCGGCUGGUCAACGGGCGCAGCCGGUGCCAGGGGCGUGUGGAGAUCUUCUACAAUGGCUCCUGGGGGACGGUGUGCGAUGACGACUGGGACCUAGUGGACGCCAACGUGGUGUGCCGCCAGCUGGGCUGCGGCCAUGCCCUCGCCACGCCGGCCACCCUGACCUUCGGCCACGGGCGGGGGCCCAUCUUCUUGGACAACGUGGACUGCCAAGGGAGGGAGGUGGCCCUGAGUGAGUGCGGGAGCCGUGGCUGGGGCAUCCACAACUGUUACCACUAUGAGGAUGUGGCCGUCACGUGUAACGAGCUCUCCCCCACCCGGGCAAGCAAAGGACCAGCGAGCAGAACCGCCACAGCCACCCUGCCGAACGGGAAGAGCGAUGGCAGCGUUCGGCUGGUGAGCGGCGCCGACCCCUGCCGGGGCAGGGUGGAGAUAUUCUACCAAGGGACCUGGGGCACGGUGUGCGACGACGACUGGGGCAUGAGCGACGCCAGCGUGGUGUGCAGGCAGGCGGGCUGCGGCCGCGCAGUGGCACACAAGAGCAACGCCUACUUCGGCUACGGCACGGGGCGCAUCCUGCUGGACAACGUGAACUGCGAGGGCAGCGAGCCCCGCCUCUCGGCCUGCUACAGCCUGGGCUGGGGGAUCCACAACUGCGGGCACCACGAGGACGCGGGGGUCAUCUGCACAGGGCUGCGGGUUUCAACGGUGGCACCAUUCACCACCUUGGCUGCCCGGGUCUACGGAGAGUCAUUCACUGCCACUGCCACAGUGACGGAUGCCGGAGAUCAGCCCUCGCCGGAGACUGAAGUGAUCACAGCGGCCCUUCUGGCCGCGGGCAAGAGAAGUGGCAGCAUCCGGCUGGCGAAUGGGAACAGCAGCUGCCAGGGCCGGGUGGAGGUUCUGUACCGCGGCACCUGGGGCACGGUGUGUGACGACGACUGGGGUUUCACCAACGCCCAGGUGGUCUGCCGGCAGAUGGGCUGCGGGGUGGCGGUGGCGGCCACCGUCCUGGGCUCUUUUGGUUACGGCACCGGGCCCAUCCUUCUGGACAACGUGGAUUGUGCCGGCCGGGAGGCUGACCUGGCGAAUUGCUUUCAUCUGGGCUGGGGGCAGCACAAUUGUGGGCACCAUGAGGACGCCGGCGUCAUCUGCAGAGCCCAGUCACUCACGCCCCACGACGUCCGCCCCCGAGCUGGAGACCAGAGAUGUCUGAUCAUUGUUCUUUCCAUCCAUCCUUUGCUGGAGCAGGUGUGGACGAGUCCGGAGAUCAUUUCAGAGAAGAUGCUUUUGCGACCGCCACCUCAGCCACAACUCGUCCCAAGGACGGGCCUCCGGCUGCCCCGGGUCCCCUCACCCCGCACUGUCCCGCCCCCCGCAGGAUUCCUGCGCCUCGUGAACGGUAGCCACCGCUGCGAGGGCCGCGUGGAGCUGUUCUACCUGUCCCAGUGGGGGACCGUGUGCGACGACGCCUGGGACCUCCGGGACGUCGCGGUGGUGUGCCGGCAGCUGGGCUGCGGGGGCGCCCAGGCCGCCUGGGGGGAGGCGCGCUACGGCCCAGGCACCGGCUACAUCUUCCUCGACAACCUCAAGUGCAAAGGCGACGAGCCCUCCCUGCUGCGCUGCUCCCAUAUCCGCUGGAACGUGCACAACUGCGACCACUCGGAAGAUGCCGGUGCCCUCUGCGGGCUGCUAUGA